CUGGUGUGUCAUCUGAAAAUUAAGUUAAGACAUAGCAGCGUUGAUGUUAAGUUCGGAGAAGGCGUGGAAAAACGCGGAAACCACACAAGCCAAACGCAUUAGAAUUUCUAAAACAGUAAAAAUCGUUCGCGGUGCGUUAUAGCCAAUUGGUGAGAAUUCUGGUUAACAGAAGUUGAUUAAAAAGUUAAAAGUGCAACGAUUAAUACUAUAAAAAUUCUGUAAUAAUUACAAGAUAAAUAUAUAAUCGCAAUUGUUUUUAAAUUGCCGUUUUUAGUGUAACGUGUCGACCGAAGAGUUGGUAUAAUGUAAAAACGAAAACGAGACGGCAUUUAAUAUUCGAAAGUGAUGACAAACACAUUAUAAAAUUCAUUAAACAAUAGUGUUAUAUAGAAUUUACCUUAUAUAAAACAAACUGCAAUAGAAAUAUUACUCUUAAUUGCAAAUAAAUCAUCCGUACAAAUCGUAAAAUAUAAGUGGAAAAUAACUAACAAUAUAUCAAUACAUGGGAAUCAGUUUCUUCGGCAAUUGUCCGAAUAUCGAUAGACCUUGUGUGGUUUAAGCAAUUGGAAAAAAAUCGGUGUGUAUGCGGAAUGAAGUUUCCAAUUAGAGAAAUAUAAAUCCAUAUUUUAAGUGAAAUUAAAACAAGAGUUUAUCGCGCAGCACUCAGUUACAAAAGCUAAAGUUAAGGUGAAGUGUACAAAGGAUGCGAUUUUCUGUUAUUGUGUAAAUCAAACAUAUCUUAACUGAAAAUCAAUUUCAUAUUCAAUGUGAAAUAUAGCAGUGGUUGGAAUAAGAAAAUUGGGCUUAAUAAUCCCAUUUUACUGAAAUAAAGAAAAUCGUUAUUUGUCUGCCAUUUUGCAUUCGUAAACGAAAAAAUACAUAUACAUGUGCAAGAAAAUACGACGUUUCCGAAGACGCAAUUCGAAUUUCGUACAUGAUAGAGUGAGAGCAAUAGUGAUCCAAGUUAAUGUCAGUUUAUGAGAAACUAAAGCUCCGUUGCAGUGCUAUAGCCAAUUAGAAGAGUGCUGUGAAAAGGUUUACAAAGCGAAAAGACCCUAACUAGAUGUACCGCCGAGCUCAUCCACGAACGGAAGGAUCAUACAGAAGGACAAAGAUUCGAAGAAGACGAAGGAGCAUAAGCUAAUGAGUAAAGUAGCUAAGAAAGGUUAAAACAAACCAGAAAAAUCAACAGACUGAUUAACAAUACAAAAUAAAAUUAUAUAUAAAAUAUAUAUAUAUGUUUAUACAUAGCAAUAUAUAUAAUAAUUAUAUGUAUGUAUAUGUAAAUAAGCAAGAAAGCAUAGGGAGAGAAAAAUUAACAAAAAACACUGAUAGAAAAGGAAAAGAAACUGUGAGUUUGAUGCUGGAAAAAAGUAAGAAAACUUUCGGGAAGCAGGCGUAAUUUAAAAUUAUCAUACAACAGUGCGUGAAAGCAGAUUUUCUACUUAAAAAAAGAGCAAAGAACUACUGACUUUGAAAACGGAUAAACCUAAAUUAACGUUGAUUUUAUUGUGUGUGAUAUUUAAAAAUUAAGCAUUACUUUAAACACAACAUUGGAGAGACGAAAGGCAGUGCGUAUUUAAAAAAAUAAUAAAGAUAUCAGAUAAUAACAAACUAAUCCACUGAAUUAGAGCUGAAUCGGGUAAAAAUAGAACGGUAAAAAUAGAAUAUCGAACAAUGACAUACUCGCACACUAGUGUUAGUAAUAAUUUUAAAAUGACAACAACCACAGCAGCAGAUGCGACAACAAUCCGUUUAAAGAAAAUUUCUAAUGGAGGUGGAGUUGGUAAUGUGAAUCGCAACACACCGACUACUGCUAUAAAUGUAACUACACAUUCCAACAGUAUUGAUAGCAGUACAAAUUACCAAUCCUAUUAUCACCAACAACAAGUGUUAAGUUCUUCACCACCUGGUUCUGUAAUGUCCUCGGGUGCAUCCACCUCAUCUACAAGCAGCGACUCAUCUCUAGGUUCAAGUGGUGUUGGCAGCGGACACUCUUCUUCGCGUCAACGUAAGCAUCAGCAGCGUAAGCAGGAGCAAACCCAACAAUUACAGCAGCAGCGCGAUUCGCCCCUGCUUACAAGCGGGAGUGACAGCGGAGUUUUCUUUAGUAAUAAUAACCAUAAUUACCAAACGCAUUAUGGUGGUAGACGUGGAGGUAGCAGUAAUAAACAGCGUGAUGGUCAAAAAUCACCUCACUUCCAACAGCAGCAGCAUCAGCAGCAACAGACCCGUCAAUCGCCAGCUGUUAUAUUAGGAGGAGGAGGAAAUUGCGUUACAAUUAAUAGUAACAGUGGCAGUGCCGGUCGCAAAACUCGCGCAAAAUUCGCCAUCAGCAAUAGCCCUUUGUUUGGUAAUGUAUCGCCAACACAAUUGUUGAUACCAACUGCGUUGACGCAUUUCGCCGGCAGCAAAUGCUUCGAUGCACCGGCGCCUACGGCAUUACCAAAACCACCACAGCAUUGGACCCUGGGCAAGGCGGAACAUAAGACAACCAGCAGUGCUGGUCCCGGCUUGCACAGUGUAACGACUGCGCGCAACCCAGCACUAGCAGCUGAUGCACAUACCUGUGGUGGCCACGUUGUGAAGCACUCGAAGCGUAAUUUGCUAGACGAUUUCGAUACGCACAAUCUAAAAUUAUUGUUAAAUGUGCAAUCAUAACCGCUUUCCACUCUUAAUAAUAUCCGUACAGCAGAAUAAACUUCAAUUCACCAUUUAACUAGCGAACAUCAGAUAAAUAUAUUUAAAAACAGUGACUUCAAUUAAUAAGAAAACUGAGUUAUGUAAAUUGCACGAAUUCAAAAUGUGAUAUUCGCAAUGAACUAUGUAUGAGUGCACUCUGUAAAACAAAUAUAAAAUCAAAAUUAACAUCGUAGAACUUCAAAAAAACUCAUAUAAUAAUAUUUACAAUUCUCUGACCUGGAAAUUAGUAGAAUACAAUAAUGCAAACUAGUAAAUGGUGUGAUAAAAAUUUAAACUAAAAACAAGCCUAAAUAAUAUAAAUGUACGUGGAAGAUACUUUAAUUGCAUUAACGCAAGUUACGACACAAAUAACAAAUGCUUGUGAUCUCAAGUAUAUAAUAAAAUGAAAUAAUUAAUUUUAAUAUAUAAAAUGGUUGAACAAACAAAAACAAAAAAUCGGGAAUGCAAAAUUCCAAAUUUCAAUAAUUUAGUAAAAUUUCACAUCUUGUAAAAGGAACUUUGUACAAAUUAUUUUUCGACAUUAAGUUAUAAUUAUUAAUGGUUUAAGAAAAUUUUAAAAUAUAAUUCAGUCUAGAUUACACAUAUGUUCAACACCGAAAACAGGAUCAAAAACGACAAACAACACAGUGAAACAUUAGAUAAUAUAAUCGCCACAAAUAUUGUAUAAUAAUUACUAUUAAAGAACUUUGUGAAUUCUGGCUAUCCUGUUGUUCGCAAAGGGAAGUGACUUUGAAAAUAUGAAUUAUUUUAAAUAACGAAUUCUAUCAACCCACCAAAGUAAAGAAGAAAAUCUUUGAUCAUUAAUUAAUACAAACAAUAAAUAACAAAUGUAAACAAAAUGCAAUAAAAGCAAUAAAAUAACAACGAGAAAAAAACAUUUAAUAUGUGACCUUAGGCGUUAGUCUAAAUAAUGCGGAAUGACCUUGCGUCACACCUUAAGACAACCAGGACAACAGCAGUUGCAGCUGAAAACAUGUGAACCAAUCUUAACGAUAUUAACAUAAAAUCACCAUCGGCAGCGACAUUAGAUAUAACAUUAAACAUUCAUCAAGUGGGGGUUAUGUUCAGCAAUGGCGGCAGACAAUAUAAAACAUAUUUUUUGUAACAUAUGCCAAAUUUAUUUUACUUACCAUAAAACAACAAGAUUCUCAUUAUUCGUAUUAAAUUUUUAUAAUUUGUAAUUUUAAUUUUGUAAAAUAAAUUAAUUGUAGAUUUAUGUAAUUGUAAUUUCAAAGCUAUUACCCUUGUACCACUAAGCGUUGCACUUGCGCCAAGACAUCAAAUUCCGACAUCCUUAAUUUUGAUAUAUUUUUGAUUUCACAGAUUUGUUCAAUGCAAGUAUUUUAUUGCUUUUUUAAUAAUAGAAAAUUGAAAACGAAAGUGUAAAUGCAGCUCUUUGUAUUUAACAUGAUUUUGACUUUAAAUGUAUUCAUGAUGAUGAAUUAAAUCAAAUUAUUUUUCAAACUUAAAAUUUGAAUGUUUUGGCGCGGAUGUCACGUUUUUUGUACUUUACAUUUAAAUAGAAUUGUAAUUUAAAUAAUAUAGUUAUAUUUAUUUAUAGUUUUCUAUCUUUUAAUUCAGCAUCUUUCAUAUUAAUUUGUAACUUCAUUACUUAAUAUGUAUUUACAUAAGUCGUCUUGACUGAACUGUAGGUAACUGUAAAAUUUGUACUAUAUUAAAAAAAAUGGAGAUCACCCUCAAUGUUAUUAUAAGAAGGUUAACAUUUUGAAAAUUUGUAUUAGCGAAAUAAUAUGCUGAAAAGUAUUUGCAGAAAUGACAAAACCCCAAAGAUAAAUGUUAACAAAUUUUAAACUAAAAAUUGUAAAUUUAAAAAUGUUUGAAGAUACUUUUCCAUCUUCAAGCAAUGUACAAACCAUAAAUACAACAAUAGAAAAAAGACAAAACCAAGCGGCCACAAGGCCUAAUACAAAAAUUUGCGCUUUAAUUUAUUGAUACGAACCACAUCUCUUCAAAAGUCGUUUGAAAAGUUAUGCAACUUUGAAGAACUGUUCCUCAAAUUAAAAUGGUACAUACAUAAAUGUACAUUUAUAUUCGGAAAGUUUUUUCUAAGAACCCCAAGUCGUAGCAAACAUCAUUACACUCAAUUCUGUCCGCUGAUGUACCCAUGUAUUUACAUUAAUAAGUAAUACAUAGAAGCCAGAAAAUGGUUAGCAUAUUAUUGCUAAACACGUAAUUCAAUGAAAGCUAGUCCUUUCUGCAAGAAGAAUUAAAAAACGAAUAAUAGACGGCGUUUAUAUGUAUGUAUCCAUAAAAAUUAAACAUUGAUUGAAAUAUACGUUCAAAUUAAGAGAAUGCACGAUGCUAAAGUAACUGCUUCUUAUGAUGAAAAUUUAAAAUGUAACUUGAUUACAACUGCCUUAAAACAGUAUCGUGGUGAGUGAUGGUUUGCAGCUAUAGAAGAACACUUAAGCCCAGUACCUUUUUUUAUUAGUUCAUAAUAAUUAUUUAAGGGGGGUGUUAAUGGAUAGAUUUUUCUGUCUGUCAACUGAUUUAUAUCAAAUUAAAUUGUGAUGGAUUAUUAAGCAUUUGCCGGAAACACGGUACAACAAUGUCCGAUUUACCAAUAAGAAAAUUAUAAUAUUAAAAAUGUAUGCAAAAAUAUGCUUAAAAAUGGUUCUGGUUUGACCGGGUCCGAAGCAUUUCAAUUAUCUCUUUUGGUCAUGAUUGUAAACUAAAAAAAUCUAUACAUACAUAUAUGUUUUAAACGGUUUUAAGAAACGAUGAAAAGAAAUUUGAAUGGAAACUAGAGUAUUUCAGUAAUAGGGAAUAAAACGAAUGCUUCGGGAACUGUUGUUAGCAAAACACACUAAAUCUGAGCUGCUGUUGCCAAUUUUUGUGAAUAUGAUGCAAAUGUCAGUUGCAAUCUUAAAUGGUAAAUAUUUUGAAUUUUGUGAUGCUAUAUACGUAUGCUAGUAUGUAUUGAAUAUAUUGUAUUUUGUUUAUUUGUUUUUUUUUUUUGUUAAAAUUGUGAAAUAUUGUAUGUGGUCACUUUGUGAACAUAGAAUAUAAUUAUUGAAUUCCAUGAUAGUAAUGUAAAAAUUAGAAAUUGUAAAUUUUUCUACGCCUUCUUCCAGGAAGGAGACAGAAAGAAUAAAUACUAAAUCAUUAAGAGCGCACAAUGUUAUGGAAUUGGUUAUUAGUUGAAACAAUGAAAUUGAUUAAUACUAAAAAUGUGACCAGUUGAUGGAUGUGCGAUAUUUGAACUACACACAAUUGUUAAUUAAAAAACAUUGUAGAUAUAUGUAGGAAUAUUGUAUUUAUUGCAAACAUAAUAUAAUUAUUUUGGGUUAUCUUUCACACAUAAACCCAAGGAUCCAUAGACGUAAAACAGGUUGAAUUUGCAUUUUAAGAUUUUCUUUCCCAAUUGUAGAUUUUUAUUAUGUUCAAAUGAGUACACAAUGUUCAUAUAGCCCUUUUCAGAGCAAAAGCGAAAUAAAUUCAAUUGGCAUGUGAAAAAUAUUAUGUUAUUACAUGCUAAACUUGUCUUUAUCUGUGAAAACGACUAUGUAAACUACAUAAAAAAUAUAAACAAGUUAUAUAUAAAUAUUUUAAACCUUUGCCUGUUCAUAUAAGGCUUAUAAUUUCGUAUAUACGCAUUUAAAUUAAUGUAUAUGCAAAGCUUCUUACUCUUUUGCCUCAUUUUCGGAAAGUGCAGCAGUGAUAUUUGAACGCAAUCAAUAUUUUUAUUUAAUCUUAGUUUAUUUUAGUCUACGUAUACGCUCUUGAUCAGUGUCAAUAGUUUAUUCCAAUAACCCAUCAAGAAAUGCAUACAGAGUAAUUGUAUGAUAAUAAUUUGCUUUAGAGAAAACUCCAAAUUACCACACACUCAGCCACUAAAAAGAGAAAUUAAGGGUAUUGCAUUUUUAAAUGUAAGUAAAAUACAAACAAUUGUAUUUUGAAUACUACUCAAUCUCAACUCACAUACAUAUUACAGACCCCAUAGUUAUUAAAUAACAUCAUAAAAUAAUUUGAAUGAUUUGCAUACAUUUAUACCGCAAAUAAACCGCAUGUGAUUUUCAUUCAACAUUUGCAUUAUAAUUCGCCAUUUGCUACUGUGCCCAAUAUUGUUAGAUAACGAGAACUGAAAACUACAGAAUUUUUUUUUAUUAGGGAUACACCAUCUAGUACAAAAUCUUGCUCUUGAAGGAGCACAUUACGAAUGUUUUAUUGUAGUAUUUACUAUGGAAUUUUAAUUUUCAUAAUGUGUGUAUUGCAUUGUAGCAAACAGUGCUUAAAUAUAUUUUAUGAAAGUAUUAAAUAUGCAAAUUCUGAGUGAAAAUCGCGUUGAAUAUCCCUUUGUCAGUUUUUUAAGUUUUAAGAAAUGCAUAUAUUGUGGCAAAAAAUUAAAUUCAUUCUAAUUACCCGGUAUAUUUAACAUAUUUCACUUAAUUUUAUUCCAUCUGAAAUA